AACCGGAGUUAGGGAAGAAAGCCAGCAACGGGCAACCCGAGCAAGCGGAUCGCAUCGAGGUAGGGGGAGGAGUAGAGGAGCUCAGCUCGGUCGGGGUGGACUGGGGGUGUGAUGGAGUGGACGACGGUGGAGGCGGGGGACGGGGCCAAGCUGAGCGUGCGGCUGUUCAAGCCGGCGCAGGGGGAGGCGGCGGCAGAGGCGGCGGCUGCGGAGGAGGACAUCGCGGUGGUGCUGGUGCACCCUUACACGAUCCUGGGCGGCGUGCAGGGCCUGCUGCGCGGGAUUGCCGAGGGAGUCGCGCGGCGCGGGUACCGCGCCGUGACCUUCGACAUGCGCGGCGCCGGGAGGUCCACCGGCCGCGCCUCGCUCACGGGCUCCACCGAGGUCGGGGACGUCGUGGCCGUCUGCCGCUGGGUCGCCGAAAACCUCAACCCGCGGGGAGUCCUGCUCGUCGGCUCCUCCGCUGGAGCACCAAUCGCAGGAUCUGCAGUUGAUAAGGUUGAUCAGGUGGUUGGUUAUGUUAGCAUAGGGUACCCAUUCGGUCUAAUGGCCUCGAUCCUAUUUGGCAGACACCACAAUGCUAUCCUCAAGUCUGAGAAACCAAAGUUAUUCAUCAUGGGAACUAAAGAUGGCUUCACAAGUGUGAAGCAGCUGCAAAACAAGCUCAAGAAUGCAGCUGGACAGGUUGAUACUCACUUGAUCGAAGGAGCUGGCCACUUCCAAAUGGAAGGCCCUGCAUUUGAUGCCCAAAUGGUUGACCUUAUUGUUAAUUUUAUCAAAUCCUUACCCCAAUAGCAUUUUACAGUGAUUGUGUGCAAGUCUGUCAUGAUCGUAGUGAGUUAGUAACAAAGAAGUUACUGAACUGUACAUUUCAUGGUGUGUGUUUACUCGUUUGUAAGUGUACACUUGAUGUUGUAAUUUUAGUUCAAUCUGUGUUUCUUUUGAAGCUUAGUGUAAGAUGAUGGGUUUUAGAUACAAUAUAUUUACAGGGCAUAACAUUUAUCAUUUCAG